UUUCCUAACGAUUUGCAAUUGAGAAUUUGAGGUCGAAUUUCUUUCGUGACACCAAAAGUAAUUUUGAUUAGUUUUUACUUAAAAUUUUUAGUUUGAGGUUUACGUUAUUGCUGUUCUGGAGUAACUGAUUAUUUGAUUUUUGUGUAAAUCAGUUUCUAGGGUUUGGGAUUUUGUGCAAUUUGUUUGAUUGCAGUUAAUGUUUUUGAAUUUGAGGUCAAAUUGGCGACUUUUUGUUUAAAUUGAUAACUGGAGUUUGGAAUUCCUUUUUAUCUGAAGUUUAAAUUGAUAGUAUCUGCUCUCACUUGACACUUCGACUACGUUUUAUCUUCUCUCCAGUAUUUGGGUUUAUGGGUUCUGGAUUCUAAAAAAGACAACCCACUAGCAUCUAGAUAAGUUAUUUUAUACCUAUUAAGUGAAUUUUCAAACACAAAUACCUAUAGAUAGGCUUGCAGCUCUGCCCCUUCUUUGCCACCCAUGAAUGUGAAUUAUUCAGUCUAUUUUUGUUUAAUGCUAGUUUCAGCUUAAGACAUGUAAAUAUAUUUCUGUUUUUUCUUCUGUUUUAUAUAUAACCUCUAGUGCUUAUUAUAUAACCUCUAGUGCUUUAUGUUUUUAUUUUUAUGUAAUAUCGACUAAGAUAAACUUAAAGGAAACGACAUGAUCCAUGAACAUUCAUUUAAUUAGUUGAUAUAAACAUGCAUGUAACAUUACUACAACAACAACAAUGUGCCCAGUGUAUAUACCUGCUGAAAAAGCUUUACAGCAACAACUACUUUUAGAUUUCUCUUAAACUUUGUUUUCUGUGGCUAAUAAUGAUGAUGCUUUCUUGUAUCUCACUCUUGUGAAUAAAUAUACCUGUUGUUUGUUGGUUAUGAGUACUCUUCUGAGUUUACAAUAGGUAGUUAUGUUGUCUGCUUUGAGAUGGAAGUGUCAUGCCUUUUAAGUAUCAUGUAAGAGCUACUUUGUUAGUGUCGAAAUCUAAAGGAAUAAGUGUACCCUUUAUGCCAUCGACUGACUUGUAUGACGAGGUUUUAUGAGGAGCAUUAGUACAUAAAUUCACCUUUUAAGCACCCUCUCCUCCUCUUUUGAGACUUUCUAAACUUCAUUUACUUAAAUCUUGAAUGAUGGUUUGCCUUCACUGUUGAGACAUCUGUAUUGAUUGAAUUAGCGUUGUUGCUUUUGGGGUUUAUUUGACAAUCUUUGUUCUGAUGAACUUUAGAGUUAUUAUUGAAUUUGAUCUAAUUUUAAACAUUUGCCUUACUGAUAGAGUUGAAUUUAUAGCCUUUGGGGUUUAUAAUUUUCUCUGUUAUUAUUGUUUGGCGUUCUUGUGUAGAUGGAAAACAUAGAUAGUACAUGGAUGUAUAAUAGAACUUAUCAUAAUCGUGUGGGGUUGAGGGCGGAAUAUAAAGCUGGGGUAGCUGGAUUUAUUGCUAAAGCAAUGACACUUGAUGAUUUUCUUACUGAAGGGAAAAUUAGUUGUCCUUGUUGGAAUUGCAAGGGUUGCAAGUUAUUGAGUCCAGAUGAUGUUACAUUACAUCUUUAUAAGAAGGGUUUUAUGGUGAAUUAUACUGUGUGGACAGCUCAUGGAGAAAGUAGUGAUGCUAAUAAUUUUGCUUUUCAGAAUUAUGUUGAAAGUCUAAUGAGAGAGAAUAAUGUUGAAAGUUCACGAUAUAGUGAGAUGGUAAGGGAUGCUUUUGGGACAUAUUCAGGGGCACAAAAUGAACCAAAUGAGGAGACUAAGCACUUUUGUGAACAGUUGGAGGAAGCUAGUCAUCCAUUGUAUGAAGGAUCAACGCAUUCCAAGUUAUCUAUUGUCGUUCGGUUACUGAGUAUUAAGUCAGAUUAUUCUAUUUCUCAAGAGGGCAUGAAUUCUAUCAUUGGACUUAUGAAUGAACUUAACCCAAAUGAACUUGACUUACCCAAAGAUUUCUACACAACAAAGAAAUUGGUUUCUAAGUUAGGACUUUCAUCAGAGAGGAUUCACUAUUGGGAGAAAGGUUGCAUGUUAUUCUAUAAGGAAGAUGCAAAUUUAGAACAUUGCAAAUUUUGUAACCAGCCUCUCUAUAAGGAAGUCACAUAUGCCAAAGGGAAGAAGGUUCCUUUGAAGUCAAUGCAUUACUUACCCCUUAUACCACGGUUAAAGAGGUUGUAUGCAUCAAUGAGCUCUGCCCCUCACAUGAGAUGGCAUUAUGAAAAUAAAAGACCACCUAGUGUUUUAUGUCACCCGUCAGAUGGAGAAGCAUUUUGAUAGUGUGUAUCCAAAUUUUGCUAGUGAACAAAGAAACAUUAGGUUAGGAUUAUCUACCGAUGGAUUCACUCUAUUUUCUGUCUCAGCUACACCAUGUUCAUGUUGGCCAGUGUUUGUGACUCCUUAUAAUCUCCCACCUGAACUGUGUAUGAAAAGUCCGUAUAUAUUUCUGACUUGCAUUAUUCUGGGUCCUCGCAAUCCAAAAGUUUUUAUUGAUGUAUAUCUGCAACCAUUGAUUGAUGAAUUGAACUUAUUGUGGCAUGAAGGUGUGAAAGCAUAUGAUGUAUCAAUGAAACAAAACUUUAGAUUGCGUGCUUCUUUGAUGUGGACUAUAAAUGACUUUCCUGCUUAUGGAAUGUUGUCUGGGUGGUCAACUGUGGGUAAGUUAGCUUGCCCUUGUUGUAUGGAAGACACAAAAGCAUUCAUUUUGAAACGUGGGGGGAAAUUCAUGGUUUGACUAUCACCGUUGAUUUUUGCCAACGCAACAUGAGUUUAGGAGGAAUACUAGUGAUUUUAUGAAGAAUAAGUCUGAUUUUGAGGAGCCAUCACCAAUCUUGUCGAGAGAAGAAAUUUGGAAUAGAGUGAGAAAUCUGCCUAAGGUAACAGAGUUUCCACCAUUCAGGAUACCUGGUUAUGGUGUUACAUAUAACUGGACUAAAUGAAGCAUAUUCUGGAAGUUAGAUUACUGGAAGGACUAUCUUCUACCUCAUAAUCUUGAUGCCAUGCAUAUUGAGAAAAACUUCUUUGAGAACUUGUUUAAUACUGUGAUGGAUGUAAGUAACAAAACAAAAGAUAACUUGAAGGCCAGGAUGGACUUAAAGGAGUAUUGUCGGCGCAAUAAGUUAUACCUGACAUACUUAAACAAUAAGAUUCAGAAGCCCAAGACCAGUUACACAUUCACUUUGGAUGAUAGAAGAGUGAUUUAUGAUUGGGUUAAGAAUUUGAGAAUGCCAGAUAGAUAUGCUUCAAAUUUAUCCAGGUGCGUUGACAUGAAGGAAGGGAAGUUGACCUCUAUGAAGAGCCAUGACUGUCACAUUUUCAUAGAGUCACUGAUGCCAAUUGCAUUCAGUGCAUUACCCGAUAGAAUAUGGAAGCCCAUAACAGAGAUAAGCUUCUUUUUCAAAGAUUUAUGUUCUAACACUUUAAAGGAGGAGAAUCUAUCUUUGAUGGAUAUCAAUAUUCGCUUAAACUUAAACAAGUUGGCAAAAAAUUUUCCUCCUGGUUUUUUUGAUGUUAUGGAGCAUCUUUCAAUUUACCUUGUGCGUGAGGUACGACUUGGAAGGCCUGUUCAGUGUAGAUGGACGUAUCCCUUUGAGAGGUAUUAACUUUUAACAUUUACUUUCAUGUGUUAUAAUUGAACAUUAUUUCAUCUAAAAGAUCAUACUAUGCAGGACUAUUGGCAAAUAUAAGCGGACCAUAAAAAAUAGAUCUCGAAUUGAGGGAUCAAUAUCUGAGGCUUAUUUGUCUAAAGAGGCCUCUUAUUUUUGUUCAUAUUAUUUUGAACAUGAUAUACCAUGUCUGAGAAACCGACCUAAUAGGCAUGAUGAUGGAGACAAUAUAGAUCUUUCAGCACCACCAUUUUCAAUAUUCAAUCAGCCAGGUAAAGGAAGUCCGAAAGUUGGUCCACUUUGAUAUUUGAAUGAAGUGGAGCUUAAGUUAGCUACAACACAUGUAUUAUUAAAUUUUUCCGAGGUCCUGCCUUUUUAUAACUACUUCGUGGCUUUACACGGGGAUGCUGCUCUUUAUGCUAUGUUUUCAGUGUGGUUUAGAGAAUAUUCUUCAUUGGAGCUUGAUUAUAAUUUGUGUACCAGAUAAAAAAGACCAACUGGGGCUAGUUUUACUUUACUUGGAUUCAUUAAGGCUCCACUGCAGCAAGACCUUUUUUUCUAUCGUAAGAAAGUGGCUCGUAAAGAAAAUCAAUGGCAUCAAAAGGUAAUGUUAAUGGACGACGUAAGAAAAGUAAGAAAGGUAUUGAUAAUGUUGCAAUAGGUCAAUAUACCGUACCACCACCACCGCCAUCACCACCACCUGUUACCACAACUUUUCAACCAACUACUACAAAUAUUCCUCCCCCUCCUACAUGCAAUAUUUCACUACCAAAUGCCUUUUUCAUGCCUCUACCAUCUGACCAGUUCCACACCUCUUCAUCCCAAAAUAGUCUACAUAGUAGCUCUUCAUCUGUGCCUUCGACAUCAUCCGCACCAAGCCUUUUUGGAUUGAGAGUUGGAGGUCCUAACAUACCAACAUCGCCAUCCAUGGACAGUUCCACAAUCUUGGGAGGCUACGAAUCGUCCCUUAUCGUGAUGGGUUCAUUCCUCAAUAUGCUGGCGCACAUAUGGUUAUAGAAGCAAUUAAACCAUUUUUCAAUGAGUCGUGGAAUAGUUGGUCACAGAUUCCAUAAAAAACUAGAAUUGUUAUGUGGAAACAGUUUUUGAUAAAGUGUACAUGGAGUGAUUGUCAUGAUAAUGAAGUAGACCGUAUUUUUCAAUUGAAAGCAGCUCUACGGAUCAAAGAACACUUGUAUGAGGCCCAGAAUAAAUUGGUAAAACCUAGUUGGUUGAAUGAUGAAGUGUGGUCUAAGUUCUUGAUAUUAUGGGAUACUCCUGAAUAUAAGGCGAAGAGGGAACGGGGAAAGGAAAAUCGAGUCUCUGAAACGGGUGGCUCGCGGCACACCAGAGGUUCGAUGAGUUUCGCUACCCACCAAAGAAGACUGGUGCUAUUAUUGUCUAACCUCCUUUUAUCCACCUGAUUAACUUUUUGCUUCCAUCAUUUUUAUUUUCAAAUUUCUUGUGUGGAGUCUGUUGAAAAACUUCAAAAAAUAGAUCUUCUUUUUCAAUAUAUCAAUAAAAGGACCAUGAUGUAUAUAAUAUUUAUAAUCA